GGCUUGGUAGCCUAGCAAUGUAGGAUAUCGGAUCCAAUCCGACCAACUCCGAUCCAAUGACGAACACUUCCGAUUUUAGAUCUCAUUUUUGACAAGUUGUCACAUACACAUCAGAACUUUCCUGAAUGUUAUGUUUGCCAAGAACUCAUCUUAUAUCCAUCUGACCACUUUUCUCAUCAUGUUGCUCGUCAGUGUGCUGUUUUUGUCUAUAGUUGGACCUUUGUGCGCUUCCUUGAAACGAUCGAGUGAUCAACUGUCCGAAAGAAUUCCUACACCUGAUGCUGUUUCAAACACGUUAUGGCCUCUUCCAGCUUCGGUGAUAAGCUCCGGACCGCCUCUUGUAAUUUCUCCAGCUUUCGUUAUUCAGACAUCGUCAAGCUCGGGUGUCGUGAAACGCGGAAUAACACGAUAUUUGGAAAUAAUAUUGCGGCAAAUUGGAGGAAAUCAUAUGCAGAAUCCGAGUGGAAAAAGUGAAACGUUGAGUGAACUUGUGUUGAAUGUGCGUAGUGAUGAAGAGGUUUUGCGCGUUGACACCUCCUACUGGUAUAUGUUGAACAUCAGCAAUGGCCAGGUAUGGGUUGGAAACAUUCACCCAGCUAAUUGAAAAUGGAAAUAUAAUAAAUAGUGAUGUGACGAUUGAUGAUGAACCCAGAUAUGUACACAGAGGCCUCAUGCUAGAUGCUGGGCGCAGAUAUUUUCCCCUGGAACUUCUGUAUAAUAUUCUGGAUGGCAUGAGCUCUGUCAAGUUAAAUGUUUUGCACUUCCAUUUUGCAGACUUCUGUCGAUUCAGUGUUGAAAGCAAGCUCUAUCCAGAUUUAAGAAACAACGAGAGUCAGUUUUACUCCCAAGAACAAGUAAAAUCACUGGUAUCUUAUGCUGCUGACAGAGGAAUAAGAGUAAUUCCAGAAGUUGAAUCAGCAUUCCAUGUCCUUGGAAUGAUAGGACUACAGAACAAGACUAAAGGGUUAUAUUUCUGCAAUAACUCAAUAGGAUACAUUGAGCUUUACAAUGAUCCUGAGGGAGUUACAGUGAACACAAUGAAAGGCAUUCUUGAAGAAAUGAUGACACUAUUUCCUGAUCAGUACUUUCAUCUUGGUUUGGAUGAAGUGAUAACUACAUCUGUGUGUACUAUGGAAAAAACCAAGGAGUUAGAGCAGGAUUUGCUCAAAUUUCUUCAACAGAAAGGCAAGACACCAUAUGCUUGGCAGGAAGCACUUUUAUCAACAGCUGCUGCAGUAAAUGGAACAGUGUUACAAGCUUGGAAAGAUGUAUCAUUGAAAACUCUUGUAGAUAAAGGAUUUCAAGUGGUAAAUGCAUUGAUGAAUCACUUUUACCUGAAUUAUAUUUCUAAUGCGAGUGUGUCAUGGACUGACAUUGCAACAGGAUUAAACCCUGAUGAACAGACAAUGCUCCUUGGUGGUGAAAUGGCAAUGUGGACAGAUGAUUACUGCUUUGUGUCCGAGUGUUUUUUGUACAAAAGGGCUAAACCUGUUGCUUGGUGGAUGUAUGGGCCAGAUGCUGAUUCCCAGUUUACUGAAUCAGUCAGCGGCAUCAUUUGGCCCAGAGCCAUUGUUGGUGCUGGCUCUUUUUGGAAUUAUCAGGCAGACUUGAAACCUGACAGCCCAGAGUUUCAGAUGAGAGUGGAUAGUCAACACAAGAGAAUGAUUGAACGUGGAAUUCUUACAUGUCCUUUGGGAUGCAAGUGUGACUAUCUUAGCAGGUGUGGGCAAUCCUAUCCACACCCCUAAUCUUUUAGUAUUGAAAUAUUGGUUGCAGUUUACUGUAGAAUGUGUCUAAAGCCUGGGACACACCUGGUGAUUUUAUUCACCAAUGAAAGCGAUGGUUGACAAUCGCAGAUGUCUUACAUGCCAGAUAUCAGCAAUUUUAUAUGCCAAUCACAGCAAUCACAUUUGUCAUGUUUGGUAAAUAAAAUCACCAGGUGGGUUGCUGGCUUAAGGAAUGAAUAGGUAACCUUUUGUUCAGUCUGUGGUCUAGCACCUUCGCAAAUGAAUACUGUAGCUGUUAAAUCAAUUAUUUCUAUCAAACCAUGUAGCUUAACUUUAAGGUAAAAGUCAGCUGGCUGUAAGAAUUCUAGGAGAUCUUAAGGUGUUUUUGGUCUCUGUUCAUGAGUUUGAUGGAAAGCUUCCAAAGAUUCAAAAUGCAUCACCAUCUGUGGAAACAAGAUUCUCCUUUUAAAUUUCUCCUGUUUUGAAGAGCUCUUUCAGAAAGGUGUGUUUCCAGUGAAAUAUUUAUGGGGAUUGGUGUGAACAGUGGGCCUUCAAUAAGCUGAAUCUAUAGAAAAUUCCAACAGAUGAAUCACUGUACUUCUCUGUUUGAAUGUGUAUGUCACCAAAGACCUAUUUUUGGUCAAGGGUACAUUGAACAACAUCAAAGGAGAAUUUAUAUUUUGAUGGUAAACUCAUCUAUCAAUAAUCAAUUGUCAUAAGUGUGUGUUUCCUUUUAAUGUUGCAAAAUCAGAGGCUGACUCACAAUAUUUUAUUCAGCUCUUAAGUGUUUUGAUUGACUUUAAGCCAGCAUGGUACAUUAACCAGGCUAUUUAAGUUACUAACACUAUAUUACACUGUAAACUGAGGUGUUAAUUUACCGUUUUAAGAGAGAAAUGUGGAGGAAAGUAAAACUUGAGUAAAAUAGAC